AACGUCGCAAACGUCCGGUGACACGUAUAAAAUAUGCACGAUUAUCACGAAGAAUUACUGUACGAUUACACGUAUGCGCGUGCCCUGCGCGUAUAUUGCAUCAAGAAUGCGACUCAUUUACACAUUAUUAACUCCCGACAGAUUCUAUUAGCGAUCAUAAUUCCUAUUAUUUCCACAAGGAUACAAAUCGUCGGUAUGGCAAGGCGAAUUACUAAAUCCUCACCUUCGAGGACGAGAGUUAUCUAUCCACUAAAGGAUACAGGAAAGAAUUUUACCCAACAAUGUGUUCGCUCGAGUGGACCGUAAAAAAUUCUAACAUUCUAAAAUUCUAGCAUGACAAUACACAAACAUAAUAAAAUGAGGCACAGUAGUUCUUGGCCCGAUCGAGCACCGCAAAAAGUGAAGGUGCGCGUUGAUCCCUUAUCUCGUGCUUUUACAAUUAUCCCAACGAGCCGCGAGAUGAUAUAUCGAUUGGAACAAACUGCAUCGCGAUCUAAUUGCCUGGAAGAAGUCAUCCUUCUAGAUCGAUGUGUCCCAGGAGGAGUCACGUCCGUGAUGAUAAAACGAAGAUUAAUCGACGGAAGGUCAUCCAUAAAUAAGAAACCCGCGAAUUUCUCUGAGAAUUCAUCCGAUGUGACUAACGAGACGAAUAUCAUAAAAAAUACGAGUCGAUAUUUCAUGCCGCGCAGUCUUUCUUUAAUCGAGACAACUGCAACUCAUCAAAACUCGGUCAUUGUGUUAGGAGAAAACAUCGUCCGAAAUCCAUUGAAAUGUAAAUCGGACUCGCUCGAAAAGAUUAAUAAUGAAAUAAUGACGCGAGAUAUGAAAAGAAACUCCAUCUCAAGAACUACAUCAGAUAUAGACUUUUCAAAAUUGCUUUCGAAAAAUGUAUAUGUUGAGGAAGGAAAGGAAGCACUCGCGCAACUGAAAAAUAAAUCUCCUUCAUUCGCAGAAACGAAUGCUUUUGAUGUUAUAGUAAAUAUUGCAAAUGAAAGUCAACACACAGUCAGCAUCGCGCAAACAAAUCAUUUGCAAACACGAGAAACAGAUGAGAUGAGAAAAAAAUAUCAAACUCUGGUUUCGCCCACAUCCUCAGCGAGACACACAUCUUCGCCACCGCAUAUCAAGGUGGUCGAUUAUGACGAUUAUGUGACAUCCAUGUCAUUUUCAUCGAAGAAUGAUCUUCAUGCCUGUCCAAAGUGUACGUCCGAGGGUGUCCUUCGCUCGCAGAUCGAUCCUUUUCGUUCCCCUUCGCAGAACAAGAAAAACGAUACCACGAACGCGCGUGAUCUUCUGAUCGAACGUGAAAAAAAGGAAGUCGAGAAGCAUCAAAGCAAAGAUAUUUGGUACGAGGACCAUCUAAUCGGGGAAGCAAGAAACGUGGAUAAAGAUGGCAAAAAACUGCAACAACAAAGAAAAAAUUACGACUUGUCGCCGAUGCGACCGGCAAUGGACUUCAGAAAGGAGGCUACUCUGAGACGACAUUAUUACCCCGAGGGAGGUUGGGGAUAUGUCAUUGUCACGUGUUCAGUAUUGGUGCAUUUCAUCGGGGUGGGUCUGCAACUCGCUGCUCCCGGAUGCUGGCAUAUAACAGCCGAAUUACAGUUCCAACAUCCUCCGUUACACAGUGCAGGCACCCUUUCACGAUGAAUCCAAUUGCAAAAGUGAAAAAAAAAGAAUAUAAAUAAAAAAACUUGGGAAAUGUGGAAUUGUUACAAUGAAUG